UUCCGACUCGCUUUUCACAACAACACAAAAUGAGUGACGAUUUGAGCGCUUUCUUUGCUAAAAAGAAAGACAAGAAAAAGAAGUCCGCCGUUAAAAUCGAAGAAGUCGGUCAAGCACUCGAACGAAGAGCCAAGCGUCAAGAGGAGUAUGAGCAAGAGUCGGAGGAUGUUUCUGAAAAGCGGGUAGAAGAGGAGAAGGCCGUGAAUCCUAACGAAGAAAGUGAAUGGAUUGAAUACGGAGAAAGUCAAGGAAGACUAGAUGGUCUGAAAAUCAAAGAUAUGGGUCUUGAAAGUGAACAAGAUCAAGUAAAUAACGAAGAACCAGAAGAUCGCGAGGUUCAUGAGACAAAGACUUGGGGACAAGUUAGCAGUGAAAAGAAAGCGACGGAGGAGCCGGAACAAGCUGUGACGAUCAGUGACAAAGCAAUGGCUGCCGCUUACAAGCCACCUGCAAUGAGAAGACCAGGAGCUCCGUACAGACCAAGAGCUGCUGCUGCAAAUCUGGAUAUGGGUAGUGACGCUGCCUUCCCAUCAUUAGCGGAUGCAAGCAAAAUUGAGAAGAAUAAGAAAGAGGAGAGCAAAUCACCAGGAGGUUGGGUAAAAGCUGGAUCCGGUGGAGCUUGGCCAGGAAGUUCGGGCCCAUCUUCAAGUGGGUCUUCAAGAUCGUAUCCGACAACUGCUGGAAGUGGACGUGAUAGUGCUCUUGCAGCUCUCAAGAUGAUGAGCGCCGCCAAUCCAGCUCCAGCGCGUAACGAGCCAGCACCAGCCCCUGCAGCUGCUGCUCCAGCAUCUUCGGGAGCUGCCAAGGCUGGAUCGUACGUUCCUCCACAUUUGAGGAAAAAUCAAUAAUAGGCCCAACUAUUUUCUUAUUCUUCUGUUUUCUGUGUUCCCAUUUCCUUAUUCAUUGUUUUUCUUUAUUCUAUAAUAUCCUUUUUUUGGUUAGUAUUCUCAUAAUUUAGUACAUUAUUAAUUUCGUCCCUAUCAACUUGUUAUGUCCCAAAUUUCUCUUAUCAUUUCGUGCUUAAACGCACUUCACUCUUUAUUGUUGCUCUACCAAUUCUUGAACGACCCACAAUACCCCGUGAAAUUUAUAGGGUAGUUGACAGCGGACGGUGUGGUUUGAGAAUUCACGUGAAUCGAAUUUUGGUAUCUUUUUUCGAAAUCUUAUGCAUUUCGAAGGUCGUCUCCUAUUUUCGGUGUCACGCCAAAAAUCUCAAAUCCGCCUGUUUCGCGUGUCGUCGGUUACGGUUUCAACGAAAGAAAGUUUCAAAAUGUUUUCCCCAUGAGCACUUUGCUCUUUUUCUACUUGUGCUAUUUAUACAAGUGCUCUAUCAUAUUCUCUUUGCCCAAUUCCCUUUCGGAUUCAAUCAUGGUGUCUUUUUCUUUCGUUUCCCUUUUUUCUUUUUCAUAUAAACGUUUAUACAUUCCC